AUGUCCUCCCCAGCCAAGAUCCAUCUCCAGCUGCGCGAGCUGCGAUACCUGUACGACGCACUGCAGACGGCCGUGGCCGCCAAGGUGGACGCGCACCUGGCGCAGAUCCGCGGCAAGGACGACCCUGCGCUGGCGAAGUCGGUGCGCAGGCUCGUGGCCCAGUUUGUCGACGGCAUCUUCGACGACAUACAGCACUCACUCGAGCUCGACGACGUGGCCGCAUCGCAGCUGGCCACCAACACCGUCUCCAGCAUGCUGGGCAACCCCGCGCUGCUCAGCGAGAAAAUAGAGCCGUACGACUUUGCGCUCAACGACAGGUUGCGCGACCUGUACACGCGCGUCGAGGAGAAGGUGGAGUCGCUCUCGAACCUGAGGCGCACGCAGCCGGCCAGCAUCCGGGACGAGUACGAGGCGCAGGUGCGGGAGAACGAGGCGGUUGUCGACGCGAUCGUCGCCGAGUCGGCGCGGAACCGUGCGGCUGCGUACGACGCAGCAGAGGCCGUGCCCGACAUGGACGACCUGCGCCGCGACUUCAAGAGCAUUCUGAGCGACCUCGCCGACCUCAAGCGCGACGUGCCCGAGGCCAGACACGGCGUCGACAACCUCGCGAACGUGAUCUCGUUUGUGCACCACUAA